CUUCUAAGAGUGAGUCUUUGUGGCUGCUUGCUGAAAGAAGCAGGUGGAGACAUCCAAGAGGUAGCUAGAGAAACUUACUGGUGUGCUGUUAUAUAGCUAAGCGGGAUAUUAAAAACGUGGUGUUGCUGUUAGCAGCAGAAGGUUAGGUGAUAAUGCUGAGGCUUCAAUCCGUUCUGGCCCUCUCCCUGUCGGGAGUGUUGGCUUUCCUAGGCCUGUGGUGGUACACCUCUCGGAAGAAAGAACAACCCACUGACAAAGAUGACACAAAGGAUGAGACAACCACAGACCAGGAGCACCUGUCCUCCUCCACCGGAGACGGAGGUAUCGGUGUUGUGGAGAGUGGCUACUCCGCUGGGACAGAUGGGGAAAGGCACGCAGUGAGGAAGAGGUCGUUAGUGGAACAGGAGCUUGUUGAUAGUACAAACACACAAGCGGCAGCAAAGCUGGGUACAGUCCCACUCUGCCAAUCACAACCUGAGGAAAUGGUUGUAGCUGCAGGGUGUCUGAGUAGAGGCUUUGAUACUGCUACGUUGAAGCCCGUUACGGAGAGCACUGAGUCUUCAGCUCAAGUACUCCCAGAGACUGCACCUGAGAGCCAAGCCCAGGGGGGACCUGAGAAGGAUAUAGCAUUACAAAGGAAACACCAGCCAUCCUCUGAUGAGGAGCAAGUCUCUAUCUGUGACCCAGGCUCUAACCCUGGUGAGGGUGCAGGCCUAAAGCCACAAGCACUGCCUCUCUCUGAGACACUGGAGGACACUAAAAACAGAACUUUCAACGAAGAGGCGGCAGAGGAGGUUAGACUGGACCCAGAGGGAGAGGUUAGAGAAGACAAGAUUUCAGUGUGUUUUGCAGAGAUGAGGCCUCAAACCGAUCUGGCUGAGAACUGCCUCCUCUCCAAAGACAACCUAUCUAUCCUGCCUGCUGUGGAAGAACCAACCUGUGAGGCAAGUCUACAGGAUGACACCUGUCUGGAUUCCCCCAUCCACCUCCUUACCAGUCAGAUGUCCCCCUCAAGGCAGCCAUUGGGCAUUCUGAGGUCACCUCAGAAGAAAGACCAGUCUGAGGAGUGUAAACUCAGCAGGAGCAACACAGCGGAAAUGAACCAGCUGGCGUCAUGUCUGAUCACCCACGUGGUCUCAGCAGCAGUGAGUCAAGUCCUGAAGGAAAAGAACCUGCUAGAACAUAAUGUUAGGCCUCUCUGUAACAGGGACCCCUUCACAGCCCCAGAUAACAUCUCAAUGGGUAACAGUGAGACUGAAAGCAAGAUGCCUCAUCUAUUGCAGGAGGAUCAGUGUUCAACAACAGGCAUGGAGAACAUAUGUUCAUCUCCUAUAGUCUAUGAGGAUGUGAAACAUGACUGCAGCAGUAGAGCUGAGACUGAGCAGGCAGAGCUAGCAGAAGAAGAUUCUGCAGUAGGUGAUUCUGGCUCCAGCUCAGGUCAGACAGAGGAGCGCUCCAGUGGCGAGGACUCGAGCCCCAAUGUGAGCCCGCAACCACCCAGGGGACCAGCUGAAGAACUGGGGGACACCAGCAUGGCCCUCACUAACGGUCACAGGACGGAGGUGGUGGCCGUUCCAGGCUCUGGUGUAAACAGCAUGGACUCUGUAGACCGUUACGAUCAGCCAAUUGAAAAAUACAACCAGAGUCACAACAGCAGACAGCCACCGACUGUUUGGGAGAUAGAGGUGCCAAAGCAUCUUGUUGGGAGAUUGAUUGGGAAGCAGGGGCGAUAUGUGAGCUACCUGAAGGAGACAUCCGGAGCAAAGAUCUUCAUCUCCACCCUGCCUUACACCCAGGAGAUCCAGAUCUGCCACAUAGAGGGGUCAAAGGAGCAGGUGGAUGGUGCUCUGGAGCUGAUCAGGAAGAAGUUCAAAGAUCUGGAUGUGACCAGCUGUUAUGUCCAACCUCCAAUGGCCAGUCUGCCAUCCCUCCCCAUCACAUCCUGGCUGCUGCUUCCCCAUAGGGUGACAGUUGAGGUAACCGUGAUCCAAGUAGCCUCUGGGAACUAUGUGUUCCUCCAGCAGCACACACACCCCACCUUCCAUGCGCUCCGCAACCUGGACCAAGAGAUGAGCUUGUGCUACUCUCACCCAGGGUGCCCUCCCUUGCCGGCCCCAGUGGAAGUGGGAGUGAUCUGUGCUGCCCAGAUGACUGAGGGAGCCUGGUGGAGAGCGCAGGUGGUGGGUUACUAUGAAGACACCAAGGAGGUGGAGCUCCGCUAUGUGGACUAUGGAGGCUAUGUCAUGGUGAAGAUCGACACCCUCCGCCAAAUCAGAUCUGACUUUGUGGCCUUGCCUUUCCAAGGGUCUGAGGUGAUCCUGGAAAGUAUUGCACCCCUUCCAGGAGAAGAAGGGUUCUCCGCUGCAGCCAAAUCUGCACUGGAGGAAAUGACACGAGGAUUGCCACUACUUGCACAGGUCACAAACUGUCACACCAGUGGCAUUCCUUUGGUACAGAUAUGGAAAACCGAAGGAGAAGAGUUGGUGUCUGUGAACCGUGCUCUGGUGGAUAACGGACUGUGCAGCUGGGUAGACCGCCUCUGACUGUGAAGCGCAAUCCUGGCCCUGUUUGGAUAGUUUUCAAAUGCAUCCUCCCUCCCUUGUGAGGUAAGCACAGAUCUUUAAGGGAUUGGAUAUGUGUGAGUAAGGUUACCAUCCCUAUUACUUUCACCAAUCCACCAAUUCAGAUCUGUGAUCACUUCAAGGAAGGUAGGAAGGAACAUUGGAUUUCUGAAGUAUUCAAACAUGGUCGCUGUCUUGCAGUCAAGCCUUUCACCUUUCUACCCCCUCAGUCCCAUCCUCUUGACUGCUGCCCUGUUGGGGCACAACAAUGUCUUCUUUCUCAAUCAGCUGUUCAUACCUGUUGUUUCUUUACAACCAUGUACACAUUUUGUUAAUUAUGAUUACAUGAUUUGUCCAAUACGAUUCACGAUUAAUCUAAUUACUAUUUUGUUUUCAAUGGAUACAAUCCUAUUAAGAAACUAAAUAAAGAUGAACUGUCCUUA